UGCCUACUGAAGCCCAAUGCUCUGUGGUUGGGUUGCUGAACUGUUAGAUUAGGCGUUGAAAGGCAGCGGUUUCCUGUGAUUUGAAGAACCUUUCGAUCCAUCCAUAUUAGGAUAUUGAGCAUAAAAUUCUGGUGGAGAGAACCUCACUGCAACUUCCGUUCAGUUUGUUUGCUUUAAAUGGAUCCUUCUACGACAAAUGUGAAUCGUCCGAGAGGACUGGUGGAUGUAAGCAAGGACGAGAAUGGAGUUCCUCGGGUGCUGCUUCUUAGUCCGCGCGGAGCUUCAGCAAUCGUUAGUCUUCAUGGAGGACAGGUUCGCUCAUGGAAAACCGAGUCCGGGGAAGAACUGCUAUUCACCAGUUCGAAGGCUAAUCUCAAACCGCCAGGAGGUGUGAGGGGAGGAAUUCCUAUAUGUUUUCCUCAGUUUGGUAGCCGCGGCUGCCUUGAGAAGCAUGGAUUUGCCAGGAAUAGAAUUUGGGUGAUUGAGGACAAUCCUCCACCUCUACAGGGUACUGAUUCGAGUAGUGGUGCUGUCAUCAACUUGCUUCUUAAGUCGACUGAUGAUGAUAUGAAACUUUGGCCUCACAGCUUUGAGUUCCGGCUUAGAGUUCAACUGAAUGCUGAUAACCACCUCAUUUUGACAUCACGUGUAUGGAAUGUGAACGGCAAACCUUUUAGCUUCUCAUUUGCGUACCACACAUAUUUCUCUGUGUCACAUAUCAGUGAGGUGAGAGUAGAGGGAUUAGAGACACUUGACUAUCUUGAUGGCCUGCGUAAUAAGGAACGUCUCACUGAUCAGGGAGAUGCCUUGACAUUUGAAUCUGCGAUGGACCGAGUUUAUGUUGGGUGUCCAGGUCCAGUUGGUGUGUUCGAUCACGAGAAGAAGAGGACAUUCUUGAUCAAAAAGGAAGGACUUCCGGAUGUCGUGGUUUGGAAUCCAUGGGACAAGAAGUCUAAAGCUAUUCCAGAUUUCGGGGAUAAUGAGUACAAGCAGAUGCUGGCUGUGGAUGCAGCUGUCAUAGAAAAUCCAGUGACUCUGAAGCCAGGUGAGGGGUGGACAGGGCGAGUUGAACUUGCUGUGAUGCCCACAUUAGGCUAGACAUCUUCCUCAGAAGAUCUAUUAAGGAGGUAUGCUAUGCUGACACAAAUUUUUGUAACUAACUCGAUUGACAAUGCAUGGAGAAGGAGAAGUAGACUUAGCAGUUGGCCAUACUUGAUCAAUUUUUUGAUCUGAUUUUUGUAGUUGGGCUGUUGGGCUCCUAUGCACUCUAAAACCAAUAAAGAAUUCUUGUCGUAGAUAAAUGAAUAAUCAUGUUUUUGUCAAUUGAGUUCAGUUUCAGCUUUGGGCUUUUAUUAGGUUUGUGGACUGCAGGAGAAUGUGUUGGGCAGAAGGAAGUCUCUAUCUAUCUAUCUAUCUAUCUAUCCUUCACCAGUGUGACAGUGAGUUUGAGUUGAGAAUCAACUUUAAGUCGAGCUAGUGCAGAAAACUUGCAAAUGGCAACCGACAAUGGAACAUAAGAAAAGAUGAUAGCGGGAAAGUAAGGUAUAAAUUGGAGACAAGAAACAGGACUUUAUUGCUGCCAAUCCUAUCCUCUCUAUCUACAUAUAUCAAUCAGCCAAAGGUAAAACUCCCUCCCAAAAUUAUUAAUCUGUCUAUCUGCACAUUAUUAUUGCUGUUUCUGAAUCGCCAAAAUACCAUGAUCUAUCUAUCUAUCUAUCUAUCUAUCUAUCUAUCUAUCUCACUGUCACUGUAGUUAUAUAUAUAUAUAUAUGUGCCUAGAGGCCUAAAUGUAAGGGGAAACAAACCAUU